GCGAACAUUCGAGACUCAACCGUUAUAACAGAAAGUUCUCGAUUCGUUUCAAACGACACCGUAUUACCUCAUUAUCUAGAGAGAAAUAGAAGAAUCUAGAACCAGUUUCAUUCACCACACUAUAUAACCUUUCCUUAUUCGUUUCCAUUUCGUUUCAUCGAAGCAUCUCAAUAUUCUCUCUCUGCAAUUCGCUAUCUCUGUGUGAUUCGUUUCUCGAUCGAGUUUCAAUGGAAGAGGUUGAGACAUUCGCAUUCCAAGCUGAGAUUAAUCAACUUCUUAGUUUGAUUAUCAACACUUUCUAUAGCAACAAGGAGAUUUUCUUGCGUGAACUUAUCAGCAAUUCUUCUGAUGCUUUGGACAAAAUUCGUUUUGAGGGUUUGACUGAUAAGAGCAAGCUUGAUGCUCAACCAGAGCUUUUCAUUAGGAUUGUGCCUGACAAAGCCAACAAGACUCUGUCCAUCAUAGACAGUGGCAUUGCCAUGACCAAAGCAGAUUUGGUGAACAACUUGGGUACUAUUGCGAGGUCUGGAACCAAGGAAUUCAUGGAGGCAUUGCAGGCUGGUGCCGAUGUUAGCAUGAUUGGUCAAUUUGGUGUUGGAUUCUACUCUGCUUAUCUUGUUGCAGAGAAAGUCAUUGUUACCACCAAGCACAAUGAUGAUGAACAAUACAUUUGGGAAUCACAAGCUGGUGGCUCAUUCACUGUUACAAGAGAUACUGAUGGCGAGCAACUUGGUAGGGGAACCAAGAUCACUCUUUUCCUCAAAGAGGAUCAGUUGGAAUACUUGGAGGAGAGGAGGAUCAAGGAUCUUGUGAAGAAGCACUCUGAAUUCAUUAGCUAUCCAAUUUACCUCUGGACUGAGAAGACUACUGAGAAAGAGAUCAGUGACGAUGAAGAUGAUGAGCCCAAGAAGGAAGAGGACGAGGCUGUUGAGGAAGUUGAUGAGGACAAGGAGAAAGAUCCCAAGAAGACAAAGAAGAUUAAGGAGGUUUCUCAUGAGUGGGAACUCAUCAACAAGCAGAAGCCAAUCUGGCUACGCAAGCCAGAAGAGAUAACAAAGGAUGAAUAUGCUGCUUUUUACAAGAGCCUCACUAAUGACUGGGAAGAACACUUGGCUGUGAAGCAUUUCUCUGUAGAGGGACAACUUGAAUUCAAGGCCCUUCUCUUUGUCCCGAAAAGGGCACCUUUUGAUUUGUUUGACACCAGAAAGAAGAUGAACAACAUCAAGCUUUAUGUUAGGAGGGUGUUCAUCAUGGACAAUUGCGAGGAGCUCAUACCAGAGUACCUUGGAUUUGUGAAAGGUGUUGUUGACUCUGAUGACUUACCACUCAACAUCUCUCGUGAGAUGUUGCAACAGAACAAGAUCUUGAAGGUGAUCAGAAAGAAUCUUGUGAAGAAGUGCAUUGAGAUGUUCAAUGAGAUUGCUGAGAACAAGGAAGACUACAACAAAUUCUAUGAUGCUUUCUCUAAGAAUUUGAAAUUGGGAAUUCAUGAAGAUAGCCAGAACAGGGCUAAACUUGCUGAUUUGCUCAGAUAUCACUCUACAAAGAGUGGAGAUGAAUUGACAAGCUUGAAGGAUUAUGUCACCAGAAUGAAAGAAGGCCAGAAAGACAUUUACUACAUCACUGGAGAGAGCAAAAAGGCUGUGGAGAACUCUCCAUUCUUGGAGAGACUCAAGAAGAAGGGCUAUGAAGUGCUCUUCAUGGUCGAUGCCAUAGAUGAAUAUGCUGUGGGACAACUGAAAGAGUACGAUGGAAAGAAAUUGGUUUCAGCAACUAAGGAAGGAUUGAAGCUGGAUGAUGAAACUGAGGAAGAGAAGAAGAAAAAAGAAGAGAAGAAGAAAUCAUUUGAAGAUCUCUGCAGGGUCAUGAAAGAAAUUUUAGGAGAUAAGGUGGAGAAGGUAGUUGUCUCUGACAGAAUUGUUGAUUCUCCUUGCUGUUUGGUGACUGGUGAAUAUGGAUGGACUGCAAACAUGGAGAGAAUUAUGAAGGCUCAGGCUCUGAGAGACACCAGCAUGGGAAGCUACAUGUCUAGCAAGAAAACUAUGGAAAUCAACCCUGAUAAUGGCAUUAUGGAGGAGUUGAGGAAGAGAUCUGAAGCCGACAAGAACGACAAGUCGGUCAAGGACCUUGUGCUGCUGCUUUUUGAGACUGCUCUUUUGACUUCAGGUUUUAGCCUUGAUGAUCCCAACACAUUUGCAGGAAGGAUUCACAGAAUGUUGAAAUUGGGUCUUAGCAUUGACGAGGAGGAGACUGGUGCUGAUGAUGUUGAUAUGCCUCCAUUGGAAGAAGAUGGUGCUGAGGAGAGCAAGAUGGAAGAAGUGGACUAAAAGCCUUUACAAGUUUUGAGUUCUAUUGUUCAUAAUUGGUCAUUGAGUUGCUAUUACUUUGUUAAAAUAGGUGAAAAUAUGAUGGAUGCUUUUUUUGUCUUAUCAUUUUUUGUCUUGAAUAGUUAAUGGCGCUGGGUUUUGGUUUUA